AUGUUAACUAGUAAAAUGUGUGGAGAGUUUGAAACUAUAUGGAAGUUUUUUUCCGAUGAUUUAAAUGAAUCUGGAAAUUAUAAUUUUACAAGUGGAAUGCUCAAGAAUUACUGCCCUAGUAAAAAAUGUGACAGUGAUAUCGAUAAGAUUAAUGCUGGAUGUUUAUGGUUAUUUAAUAAAUAUUAUGGAAGUUCAUAUAAUUUUUCGAGUAAUGCAGAUGACAAAAUUGAUAUUGUUGUAUUUAUUAUGAUAUGGUUAGGCUAUAAAUUAAAUAAAAUGUUAAAUACAGAAUUUCCCAAUUUAAAAGAUUUUUAUAGUAAGCAUAUACAAAAUGCCGAGGAAUAUAAUAAGACUAUAAACGGUGUUAAGGGGUAUAUAAGUUAUAUUGAUCUUAUAAAUAAAAACGAAUAUGUGAUAAAUAUUUCUAAUGAAAAUAUGUCUAAACUUUAUGAUUUAUUUAAAAAUUUGUGUAAAAUGUAUAUUGAAGUUUCAAAGACGAACAUCGAUAGAACAAAAUAUUCAAAAUAUGCUGAAGAAUUUGUUAACAAAUAUAAAGAUCUUAAUGAAGAUUCUAAUAAUGUUGAUGGAAGUUCAUAUAAACAAAUAUUGUCUACAUUAUCAAAUGAAUAUAAGCAUUUUAGAAAUAGUUACGUUAAGUCUAAUAUACGAAGUACACUUCCAGAACUUAUAACGGAAAAAACACCACAAGUUUUUGUAUCAAAUCCUAAAGGAAUACAAGAUGUCUCCUUGAGUGAAGCAUCAGUAUUAAGUUCUGAAAUUGAAGUAUCAGAUUCUGAUUCAGGAUCACCAAGUUCAUCGAUAUUAAAUAAAUUAAUUUCAAUUCCAUUUAUAUUUGUUGCAACAUUAAUUUUAUUAGGAAUUGCAUAUAAGUAUUCGUUAUUCGGAUUUCGGAAACGAUCUCAAAAACAACAUUUAAGAGAAAAACUAAAAAAAUAA